CUAGACUGUCGUCAUUUCGUCGCGCGACGCAUGAGCGCACCGAGUCGUACGCGGACGCCAAAAAACGCUCACGAAGACAUCAGGUGAACUAAGUUAGCGUCUAAGUUGACGUUGGGCAUACCGACUACCGAACGCACGCCGCACUCACGCACGCUAUGACAUUCCGGCUCUUAGCGUCGACACUCAUCCGCGACAACACGCUGCGUCGGCUGCCGACACCGAGGGCCAUCGGUACGUCGACGGGGCCGAAAUGGCAGAACGUCGGCGGCUUGGCGGAUGCCGACGGAGCACGGUCGGUACCGAUUGUUGAUUUCUCGGACACGAGGGCGGCGCUGCGAAGUAAGACGACGUGGGAGAUCGCGCGUGGUUCGCUGGUGCUGAAGCUGUGCUCAGUGCCGCUGUUCGUCACCCACAGUCUGAGCAUGAUGCGCUUCGGACAGAAGGUUCUCGGGCGGCGUCUGUUUGCCGCCGUCAUGCGACCGACGUUCUACGGACAGUUCGUCGCCGGAGAGAGCCAGGCGGAGAUCCGCAAGACGGUCGAUCGGCUGCAGGACGCGGGCGUCGGAACGAUGCUGUACUUGUCGCUGGAGGCGGACGUGGGCGAGGAAACAAAGGUAUCUGAACAUGUAAACAUAGCGGGACUUUCCGCCGACGACAACGCCGACCUGACGAGACUUGGACCCAGGCUUAAGAAGUUGGGAGAGAUGGCGCUGAAGAGUAACGUGAAGUUGCUCGUGGACGGUGAGUAUAGCUUCAUGAACCCGGCGCUGGACGCACUGACGUUGGCGAUGAUGGCCAACUUUAACAAAUCGCAGACGAUGAUUUGGGCCACUUACCAAUGCUAUCUGAAGAAAUCCUAUGAUAACCUUGUGACCGAUUACGAACUAUCGCAAAAGAUUGGCUUCGGCUUUGGAGCGAAAAUUGUGCGAGGAGCUUACAUCGAUCAGGAGAGGGACUUGGCGAAGCAGAAAGGUGUACCCGACCCCAUUUACGACUCGUUCGAAGCUACGAGUCUCGCCUACCAGGGGGCGCUAGAGACGAUGCUUGGUAAGAUCUCGGAGGUCGGACCACGCUGCAGCAUCAUGGUCGCCACGCACAACGAGAACUCCAUCAACUACGCACUGAGCAGGAUGACCGAGCUGGGCAUUGACAAGCAAACUGACUGGGUGAAUUUCGGUCAAGUGAUGGGGAUGUGUGAUCAUCUAUCAUGUGCCCUGGGCCAGAAGGGGUACAAGGUGUACAAGUCUAUACCGUACGGUCCCGUGUACGACACUCUGCCGUACCUCUACCGCCGCGCGGUCGAGAAUAGAAGCUUCACCGCAGACUCGCGCGUCAUGCACGAGCGCGCCAUCUACUGGCGGGAAUUGAAGAACAGAAUGAAGGGCGGGAAGUAGGCGAUUCGACAGAAACCAAGAACUCAACUCGUGCGACGCCCUGAACAACGUACUGUGCAUUCACUACCUUCGUCCUUGUAGCAAGACUGAUACUUACAGAGCUAAUACAUGGUGAUAUUAAUUAUUUGAAUACAGUCAUUAGUUUCACUUACUUCAUUAGUGAUAAAUGUAAUAAUAAAAUAAUAUAUAGGUGCUGCAAUCGUGCAUGUAUAAAACAGCAUCGCUUGUUAGCUGAUAGGAAUGGUUACUACGAUAUUUUAACAUUUUGUAUUUUGUAAACUAUGUAAUAUACGCUACGGUAUUUUAACGUACUCCGUAAUCUACUAUAUGUAAUAUACGCGGAAAUAAUUAUUAAACUUUUAUAACCAAACAAA